AUGGAUCUGAAUGAAAUGGCCAGAAAGCAAGGUCUUAUGACGGAUGAGGAGUUUGAGGCGCUGUUGAAAGAGGUAACCCGUGAGGAAGAAGAAGAUGCAUCGGUGGCAGUAAGAGAGGGUGGAGAAGCUAGUACAAGGAACGACCAAGAAGGCCUAGCCCACCAGCCAGAAGAAGAGGUGGAAGAGAUGCAAACCGGAGAACGAGUACCACAGUCAGUGACUCCCCAGCCAGACGCAGGGGAGAGUUCUGUGCACAUUGAUCCGGAGGAGACCGUGGUACGAACAGAGGAGCCAGAACCAGUGGCACCUCCAGUGUUGAAACCGAAAGCAGUCAAAAGGAAAUUGGUGUUGAGGGACGAUCCCAAGGCAGUACGACCAAAGCCGAAGAGAGUAUCGCAGAGAUGCCUAGGAAAAUGGACAUCCAGCAAGACGAAGGCGAACACAGCAGCAGAUCCAGUUGAAGUUUUAAGUGACGAAGAAAGGGUGACUCCCACAAAACCUGGGGAGGAAUCUUUUCCAGCUACUAACUUGGAAGAUGCAUCGACGGCAGCUGAAGUGGUCACCACAACGCCGAGUGACCAGAGAGAUGAGACUAAGCAGAUGGCUGAGGGUCUGGACCUCGUAUCUGAGUCAGACAAGCCUUCAACACAAUCGGAGAAGAAACCGGAAGAGGAUGAAGACAGAGAUGAGGACAGAUACCAAGAAGAUAUAAAAAGGAAGGGGAAAGCCCCUGUUAAGAGAAAGCCAAGCAGCAAGAAGCAACACACGGUGAACAUAUGCAUCGUCAUCACAGACCCAGCUCAGAGAACCCCACCGCACCGUCAGGAGAAAAACGGCAGCGACUAUGCUGCUAGUGAAGAGUCGGGAUCCGACAGCGACAUCUCCCUGGAGGAUGAAGAGUAUGGUGAACAGCAGCUUCCACUUAACCAUCGGGAACUGGUACAUCCCCGGUGGAGAGAUUGA